UUCGCCAAUGUUUUGCAUGAGAGUGGGGGUAAACUUUUUUGUACUCUGUGCAAUAUUGUGUUGGAAGUCAAAAGAAAAUCGUCAAUCGACUGUCACAUUUCUACUGCGAAACACAAGAGAAGGAUGACUGAAACACCGAACCAGAAACAAACAACCAUUACACAGGCUGCUGUGUCGAUGUCCAUUCCUAGUACCAAAAGAACUAAGAUUUGUGAAGAUUGGGUCUCUACCUGCACAGCUAUCAACAUUACACACUCAAAAAGCAAUAAUUCUGUAAUGAGGAAAUGUUUGAAGGAAAGGGUUGUCAGUGGAGAUGCCAUACCUGGUGCUCACUAGCUUCAAGAGAAAUACUUGAGGGCAGUCUAUGAGAAGGAAAAGGAAUUGCUGAAGGCACAUCUUGGAGGAAAGACCAUUACUGUGAUAUUUGAUGAGACUCCAGAUGUAGAGAGGAGAUGUUUGGUGGACAUCCUUUUGAUACGACUGAAGAAGGAUGAGUCUGGGAGUGUCUUGGCCUACCUUGAAGACACUCUUUUCUUGGAACACUGCAACCAUUCCACUGUUUCCAUGGCUGUGGUCAAAUGUCUUCAGGACUAUAGCAUUGCCAAUGAGGAUGUCAUUGUGUUUGAUACAGAUAAUGCAGCAAACAUGAAGAAAGCCUAUACUGCGGCACUGCAGUCCUUAUUCCCAAACUCAGUACACAUAACAUGUAUGGCACACAUACUGAAUCUAAUUGGUAGUGCUUUCAGAUAA